UUUAAUGCCCCAGCUGUAAUUUUAGAUCCGAAGACAGAAAUGAGAUUGGAAUCGACUUUCAGGACGUUAAAAGAGUCUGUUAUACACAUAUUCGUCUUACUUUUAGCUCCCUUGAACAAGUCCAAUUCUAUUGUGGGCAAUAACCGGCUAACUAAACAUGGUCCAUUAGAUGAAGUUGAUGAGAGCAACGCUAAAAUGAGUAAGGGAACCACAAAUAAAGAAAAACGCUUCACUUGCGAUGUAUGCAAUAAAACCUGUAGUAGACAAAGCAAAUUGAAUAUUCACAAACUCAAACAUAGUGGUAAAAAACCAUUCAAAUGUGAAGCUUGUGGAAAUCAAUUUUAUACAAAAUUUGAACUGAAUUCUCACAAACUGGUCCACCGUGAUGAAAGACCGCACAAAUGCAGAAAAUGUGAAAAAACAUUCAAACGUCAAAAAGAUUUAUCUGAGCAUAUGCUUUCCCAUAAUGAAGAAAGGCCCUACGAUUGUGAAGAAUGCAAAAAAGCUUUCAAACGCAAACAUCAUUUGACUGUACAUUUGCGUUCCCAUAAGGGAAAAAAUCCUACACCUGUUGGGAAAGAAAUAAAGGAUUUUUAG